AUGCCAACUGAGAUGCAAAUUGCAAUCCUGCAACACCUACCAAAGAGGAAAUUGGUUCUCUUCGCCCAGCUCAACAGCAGAUGUUUCGAUCUUGCUAUCGAAGUGGGAUGGAAAGAAGCCGAGUUGUCUGCACUCAUACAGGUGCCGUCUCGCAACGGCAGAAGACAAACGUAUGCCAACCACGUUAGGACUCUCCGCGUUAGACAGAUAUCCUCAGAGACUUUGCCAAGCGUGCUGGCUCUCAGCUUCCCCAAGCUUCGAUCCCUGAAGAAUUUUAAUAUCACUCGGUGCGACGCAGCUGCUUCGGAUCUUGUUCGCCACUUCGCCCAGCUCAACAGAAUUCUCAACUUGGAGAUGUUAUCCUCCCAGUGGGUCCCUGAAACUUUCAUCGGGAAGGUUCGCAACUUCAGCCAUCUGAAACGGCUUGAUAUCGACUUCUUCUUGGGGUCCUCUCUCGACCUUGAGCCCCAAAACUCCAUCUCAUGGCCAAACUUGGAGCACGCUUUGGUGCGAUUUGGCCGCGGCAAGCCUCCUGGAAGCCUGGUUCAGGAUUUCCGAAAAUGCCCCGCCCUUGAGAAAUUGGUACUCAAAACGGAGCAGCUUCCUAGAUUGAUGCUUCUCGGGCCGUCGGUUGCUAGCGGCGCGGCCGGUUUUGAAGCACUUCGGCAGCUUGACAUUCGCAUCAGCCACCACGCUGCCAUUCAGGAAAUCUCACGGCUCACUGACCUGACUAGCCUGACAAUAGAUUUAGGCGACACUGUUAAUUUCCCUCCCACCAGUUUCUCCCAACUCGCGAAGCUUCGGGACUUGGAGAGUCUUUCUCUUACCAGCACGAGACAACCCAGCCUGCACCCUCUUUUCGACCGGGAAGUUGAGCAAUCUGAUAUUCUUGACUUGAUUCGUCACCUCGGCAAGCUGGAUUACUUCAGCUGGAAUCUCGAAGGUGUUGUCGACACCCAUGGACUUAUCGAGGGGAUUGCGCGCCUUCAGACGAAUUUGCAGAAGACUUAUCUCGGUUUCGCCGUGCACAUUCCCGAUGUUUUCGAGCGUAAAGACGUUACGAUAAAGACUCAGAAAAGUCUCCGGGUCCUUCGUGUACGAAAUACGCUGUUCGACACAUAUCUUCCUGACCACGAGGCGACGGACGUGGCUGCUCGAACAGUCAAGACUUUGUUCCCAUCACUUCAGGUUUUCGAAGUGGAGGCGGAAGGCUCCAUAGAACACUGGUGA